CGAGGCUCGGCUGAAGCCGGAGUAGCUGCAGAGUUUGACUGUACCUUCGUCCAGUCUUAAAACAGCAUCCUAAAGUGGUCGGUGGAAUAUCACUGCCCUGGGAACGAUAUAAAACAAUGCAUACUAAAUGGUUUAUUGGCCUAUAAUGUAAAAUAUCUUCAUCAUGGAAGAAUCUUCAUCUGGGAAAAGCACUAUGAACGUGCAUCCAUUUGGGAAGGAGGAAGAUGACUCGUUAGAGAGACUGUUUGUGUUCUUUUGUGAGCAGUUGCGGCUGGGGAACUGGGCCUUAGCACAAGCAUGUAUGCCCCAACUAAGGCAAUGGCAAGCUGGUGGUGCAGGACAAGUGAAGGAAGUCCUCCAGGCAAUCAUUGUCUGUCCAUAUAAGCUAAGGUGGGAGACGAUUUCUAGCCCUCAUCGACUUGCCUGGCUGUGGCUACUGGAGCUAGAACGUUGGUGGUCGCAUGAACAGAUAUCGCUUCCACCAUUUGUCAGAAGGGAGAUUGAAUUCUUUUUGCUCCUGGAACAGCUACAGCCACAAGUCUCUCAAGAUGUCUUAAAGGAACUAAAUGAUAUAUUUUUUAAAUGUCAUAAUCCUGAUGUGAUGAUUGAGAAGCAAGAGGACAUCAGCGCCUAUACAUUAAGUCCUGAGGCAUUUUCUUCUUUGUGGAAACUUUUACCCAGGAACCCUCGACUUGUGAAGGCUGUGGUUUCUUAUUUGCUGGUAGAAAGUAGUGAAAGUUCUGCUGUGGAGUACAACCGUAGGCUACAAAAACUAUUCAUUGACUUUCUGCAGGAUGCUCUGUGUGCAUUAAAAGAAGCUCGCAAGGGAAAUGCCAAGAAUGGAUCCGUCAUGGAUGUGCAUGAGUUAACAAAAAAACAAAUAUAUGCUAUUGUUUCUGUGCUUACUUUUGAUGUGGAAAGGCAGGCCUAUGAAAUCCAGCAGUUAUGUGAGGAGCUCUAUGAUGCUUGCUAUGCAACAGAAUAUGGACUGUGUGAGGAGCACUUACUUGGCUUCAUGCUUAGAAAAUCAGACCAAAAUCUGAUUAAUUUGUACAGCGCCGUAUCUAUCAAGAAGAACAAAGAGAAGCUGCUAGCUCAAAUCUCACCUCAAAGAGUUUCUCUUGGACUAUCAGAGGCUGAAGAAGUAACGUUAGCAUCAUUAGCAGACUCUGAGGAACCUCUUUCUUGGAAGGCAGCCUACUUCUACAGCACGAGUACCAGUAAGCACUUUCUGGAACAGGUUCUGGUUACUGCUUUGCAAUUAAUAAAGCGGGAGGAUUACAGCACUUUAAGCAAAUUAACAAAGAAGACAUUCAAGCCUCUUUCGCGACUCAUGGUGUUGUUGGGGUGGACUCACUGCCAAAGUCUAGAAUCAGCUCAGAAUCUACUACGUACGCUCCAUCAAAGCAAGGAGCAAUGUUGUGAUGCUGUGCUCCAAGACUUCUGUGGUGGGUUGUCUUCUCACAUUGAGGUUCUUGAGUGGUGUUUGAAAUGGAACAGGAACAGCAUUCUUGAAACGGAUUUAAUUCGCCAUUUGCACAGUUUGGACAGCCACUCUGCUUUGUAUAGUUUACAUCACCUUACAAACCUGCCUGCACUGAAAGUGGAAGAUGUCAUUGGCCUCCUUCAGAAACAAUCUGCUAAUGGAAAUGGUGCAAGGUCUCAAAGCAUGACUCAGCGGCGAAAUGUGACAUUGUAUCAAGCAUUGUGUGCCCUUAAGUAUGCCAUAUAUGCAAUCUGUGUAAAUGCACACCAGCCAUCUUUGUGUAAGGACUGUCCGUAUUGGUCACUGGAAGCAGCUGUGAAAGAUGUUUCGCUUGAAACUGAUCAUGCUUGGAAUCAAGGUUGUUCUUCUGUUUUCAAGUUUUAUCUGUCCAGGUGCCAAGAGUUUCUACACAUGAUCCCUGCUCCUUUUCGAUUAGAGGUGUUGGAGAAUAUCUUCUCUUUAUUAUUUUUGUCCUAUAAUGACCUCAAUGGAGAUAAAACAAGACAUGAAGGACAAUUUUGCCUUGAAGAAGAAGGAGACACUGAACAAAUACAAGCAGCAGUGGGUUUUGACAGAAUUGUAGAACACUUCGAAUCCACAUUGGAAUUUGUGCAUAGUGAGCACUCAAGCGCUGGUUUGGAUGAGAAGGCUCCUCUGAAGAGUUCACGGGUCCUCCGUAAUGGCUGUAUGCAGAAGCUGAAUGUCAAAAACUUUGUAUCUACGUCUGCAGAAAAUGAUACAACAGAGCAGCUAGAAUAUCUGAAUCUAAAGCAUUUUGCUAUGACUGUAAAUCGUGGAAAUGACUUUUUAGUGAAUGCAGUGACGAUGAACAUAUUUCUGGAGGUUUUAAAGGAUCAUCUGGACGCACUGAAACACCAAAUUCCUUGGACACCCUGCAGUGUUCCUAAGGAAGAUAUACAGUUAGUUGAGUGCCUGAAUUGUUCAAUUAGUGCAGAAUCUUUUGAGAGUCGAUUAGCCAAACUUUCCAGGUACAUCUGUGAAGCUCAAUGGAGGUACAAAGUAGUGACAAGCAAUGGAACAGCUGAAGGCGACUUGCCUUGCUUCACUAAAAGUCACCGACCGCUGUCAAAGUAUUCUACACUAAAGAGACGAAACAGAGUACGAAGAAAAAGGAUGGAGCAUCGAGCCAGUUCGCACUUGACAGUGGAGAAUGUGAGUGGAGAUUUAAGUACGAGCACCUCAGAUGGAAGUGUGGUAAAUUUUGCUGUAACAAAUGAACAGCAAUUUAAACCCCAAAUCCCACGAUGUAAUCUUCUGCUUCCCAUGAUGUUGGCUCCGCCAGAGUCCCUUCUCAUUUCCUGCAUCCUUAGAGGAAACUUUGCCCAAGCACAUCAGGUGGCGUUAAUGUUUGAGUUGCAGUCAUCAUACUGCUAUGGUGAACUGAUCUUUAUGGAACGAUAUCAACAGGUGAUCAAUGAACUUGCUAAAGUAGAACAGAAAAUGGAGAACAAAGGCAUAGACAACACCAGUCACAAAUUAAGUGUUGGGAGAUUCACACUUCAGGCAAUCGGUGAUGCUGCAGCAGCAGGUAUGGUGUUUUAUUCCAUUUCUGAUGUUGUUGAGAAGCUGAUCAAUUCAUCUGAGGUUGCCAACUCAGCAUUGCAGGAGGAUUUCUGGAAGAGUAAAGUAAAAAUUGAACCAACCAAUCCUCUGAAUGAGAUUCUGGAGGAUCUCAGUGGUCCUGCUAUGGCUGUCUUUGACCUUGCUUGUACCCAGUGCCAAUUGUGGAAAACCUGUAAACAACUCCUAGAAACUGCAGAAAGGAGGCUUGUGGCUGCCUUUGAGUCCAAAGGCAGAAAGAUCGAUUGUGUUCGUCAUAAUCCAGAUGGAAUCCAAGGUUUUCCUGCAAUCCUUCAGCGAAUGACCAAAAUCGUGAACUAUUCUCUCAGCUCACAUGGACAACCCAAAGCCAACCCUGCUGAGGACAGAAUUGCCAGUCACCUGAACUGCAGUGUGACAGAGCUCUUACUAACGUGUUACCCUGCCCUUUCUGAGGAUUGUGUCACUUUACAGCUCAAUUUAUCAGAGCGACUGGAACAGAUCACACAGAAACUUCAAACAGCAAUAAACUCUCCUGAUCUAAAAGGAAAUAUACUCACUUGCUUGGAACAAACAAGUUCUCGAUCACAAGAUCCAGAAUGCCACACCAUCCAAAACCAGAUGAAGCAGCUAGUGAAGAAUCUAGAUCAACGCAUUCAAGAUGUGAUGGAUAAAGAGCAGACAAGAGCAGACUAUGUGCAAAGCAUAUUUGAUUACAUUAACACAUUUGUGGCUGUACUCGUUCGAAGUAUGAACCGAGAUAUAGAUCAAAUUGCAGAGGUAAAAGUAGGAAAUCCCUUCAUAAUUCUGCAACAGACCCCAUCACAACUUUUUGCACAUUUACUUUUCGAGAAACCAACUUCUCCUGACCGGAUAUUCAUGAUGCUGCAGAAGGAAGAAUUGAACUUGAGUGUACAGCAAAUUAUUAUUAGGUGCUGCUGUGAGAGUCUUCCUCUUUGGAAUACCAGGAGAUUCGACUACUGUUCUACUUUCCUCAGCGAAGUGACUGAACUGAUAAAAGGACAUUCAGAGCGCUGCCUUCCUGAUUUAGGAAUUGUCUUUCCAAGUUCAUUCCAUCUUACAGAAGAAAAUCUGAAAGAUGAAUCUGCAGAUUCUUCCCUGGGACCGUAUUCUCUUAUUUCUUCUGCACUGAAUUUCAUCAAGUCUCGUUCAAAGUUGCUUGCGGUUCUUGUCUGUUUAACAGCCACCCAAGGUCAAAGGGCACUUAGGCACAGUCUGUCAUGGAAGGAUCGUUUGAGUGGCCGCACAGAGGCAUCCCUUGACAUGGAACAGAUCUCCAAGGAGUGUGAACAGUUAAUGAAGGAAUUUCCAAUCCUUGAGCAUUUUCUUUAUACAAUGGCUGAACCUUUACCUGGAACCCGUGAAGAAACUGCUAGUCUCCAGGACUCUCUGUGUGGUAACCCGUGCACUACCCUUUUGCUUACGGGCCUUCAUUCUAAGGUAGCUAUAAGCACAUUGUCUGAAAUCUUCAGGCAAGUCUUGUGUGAUGGUCACUGGCUCAAAGCAUUGAAAAUUCUUGACUUGUAUGUUGAUGAAAAUGAAGAAUUUGAGAAACUGAAGGAUAUCCUGCUCAGCUUUGCAGUUGUAGGAGAGCAAGAAGGUUGGAAAUAUGUGUUCCGCAUAAAAACUGCUGCUCUAAGGGCUAAACUUGUCCUCCACUGCUCAGAGAAGUGGCCACUUGGUGCUUGUCUUGACGUUCUGUCGUAUUGUCUAAGUGAUCCUGGUACAGUUGACGGGGAAUUUAAGUCCAGUCUACGCAAAAAGAAGGAGGAACUUCAGGUUUAUGAGAAGAUCCUUAACCUGGGAUCUCCAGUACCUUGGUCCGGCUGGCAGGAACUGCGGAAUGAAUCCAGUCAGAAUCCACAGGCUGUAAUGGACGUCAUUUUGCAGGCAGGGGAGUUUGAGCUUUGUGAGUCUUGGGUCCAGCUGCAUCCUGUGCCAAUGCACUUUAUAAUGAAGCUCAGACGUGAAUAUCUCCUUCACCUGCUUGAGAAAGGCGAUGGAGAGCGAGCAUUCCAGCUCCUGCAGGGAAUCCAUGAUUCUGACAUGUGCCAAGCUGUAUGUGAGCAAGCUCUGGAUCAGCAUCCAGGGCUAGCUGCUUCUCACUUUCUGGCCAAUUACCUUACCAUGCACUUUCACAAGAGUCUAUCUGCUGCACGCCACCAUGAAAUUCAAUCCAUGCGCAUUGGAUCAAAGCUUUUACUAAGUCUGCCAGAUUCAGCACGUGAUGUCUAUUCGCAUCUGUCAUCAAACCCAUUGCUGAUGUUGGAGCAGCUACUCAUGAAUAUGAAAGUGGAUUGGGCAUCAGUGGCUGUCCAGACACUUCAUCAACUGCUUAUGGGGCAAGAAGCUGGUUUUGCCAUUGAAGACAUUGAUUGCCUUCUUUCUAAAUAUGCAGCCAAGGCUCUUGAAGUUCCCUUUGCAGUGCGAGAGAAAGCACGAUCAGAUUCUGUAAUCAAUCUACAAGAUUUGCUCACUCAGAGUGCAGGACCAGAAAAUUUUCCCACACCACCAAAUCUCGAGAGAACGCCAAGCAUCUGUUCUGGUAACUCUACUCUUCAAGGACCAACUAUCCCUCGAGAAGGAUCUCUUCGAAUUUCUAAAUCAAUCGGUGAAUUUUUUCCUCCAGAAAACCCACCAUCCAAGAAAGACUGGAUACCUGAUGAUAAGGCAAUGUUUUGCAUGGUCUGUUGGAAGGAAAGGUUUACCAUGUUUAAUCGACGGCAUCACUGCAGGCGUUGUGGUCGUGUUGUUUGCCAGUCCUGUUCUACCAACAAAGUGGUUGUUGAAAACUGCAGAGAGAACCCAGCAAGGGUUUGUGACCAAUGUUACAAUUAUUAUCAUGGGAGCGAAAAAGUACAACUAGAUCAAGGUGAAGACCCCAUAUGUUGUGAUGGAGAAUUGGACCUUGCCGUAGCACUCCAGAUGCCGCGUCAGUCAGAAUUACAUUGGAACCUGACCCUGAGCGAAGAAGACAAUGAGAACGAACGCAGUGAGUUUUUCUAUGAACAGGCUCCAAGUGCUUCCUUGUGUAUUGCCAUCUUGAACCUGCACAGCAAUAGUAUGGAGUGUGGCCAUCAGUUGAUAGAUCACUGCAGCAGACUGUCUCGUGCAUUGACGAAUCCAGAAGUGGAUGCUUGCCUUUUAAUAGAUAUCAUAAAGCAACUUCUUUUCAGUGCUAAAAUGAUGUUUGUGAAAGCAGGAAGGAGCCAAGACCUUGCACUUUGUGACAGCUAUAUCAGCAAGGUGGAUGUAGUGAAGAUUUUAGUUGCUGCAAACUACCAGGAUGUGCCUUCUCUUGAACAAAUCCUUAAGCCUGCAGCCAUCACGAGACUGAGAAAUAAGCUUUUGGAAACUGAAUACUAUGCACUGGCUGUUGAGGUUUCAACGAAGGGUCUACUAGAUCCGAGUGGAGUCUGGCAUGCUUGGGGGUUAGCCUGCCUCAAAGUGGGGAAUCUGUCUGCAGCUCGGGAGAAAUUCACUCGCUGCUUAAAGCCACCAUUUGACCGAAAUCAACUGUCUCUUGGUCCUCCACUUUUGCAAGAAAUAGUGCAGCACCUAGAAACAUCUGUUAAACCAGCCUUGCCUGUGCAGGAUGACGACAUUCUUGCUUCACUGAAAGAAUUGGAGACAAUCUUAAAGGGUGAUGGUACAAGUUUUGAAAUCACAGGGGAUGGAAAGAUCAAACAAAAGGUCUUUUACCAAGAAUGCUUGUACUACUUGCAAACUUAUGGUACUAAUUUGGCUAUUAUUAGUUUUUAUAUGAGACACAACUGCAUGAGAGAAGCAUUGCAGCACCUACUAGAUAAGGGUUGCCCUGAAGAGGUGUUCAUGCAAGGGAUUUUCAAACCAAGUUAUGAAAGUGGCAAACUGCAUGCUUUGGAAAACUUGCUGGAACAUAUGGAUCCAAGCCUGGAGAAAUGGAGUUGCUAUUUGAUUGCAUCCUGCAAACAUUUGCAAAUGAGGGGUUUCUUCAACAUUCUGUAUGAUCUGCAGCAAUUUAUGAAGGACCACAUGCGAGCAGCUAUGACGUGCAUCAGAUUUUUCAGUCACAAAGCAGAAUCCUAUAAGGAACUUGGAGUCAAUCAAGGUUGGCUGACAGAAGCCAAGGGUCACCUGAAAACAUAUUUGCAAGAAGUGUCCCAACGUAGUUCGUCAAGAAGGAAAAUUACCAGUUCUUUUCGCAAGCAAAUGUCUGCAGCUGAUGUCUCAAGGUACAUGAAUACAAUUGAGCUGCAGAUUGAAGUAACCAAAUUCUUGCAUCGUUGUGAAAACUCGGGGACUUCAAAGAGCUGUGGACCCCCAGCCAGUCUCUUUGGCAAUACCAAAAUGAAGAUGGAAGUCGCGUGCAAGGUUCUGCUUGGAGGCAAAAAUAUUGAAGAAGGUUUUGGAAUCUCUUUCAGAGUUAUUCAGGCCUUUCAGUUGGAUGCUGCCGCUGUAUAUGACAAAACUGCAAAACAUUUACUGCAACAUCGCAAGUUCUGUCAAAUCAGACAGUUAUUGAAAUGUGUCAGUGAAUCGGGAGUAGCUAGUGGCGAUGACACUGAUAACCUCCUUAUCCGAUUUAUUGAAGGUGGCGAUGAACACCUUUCACAGUCAAAAGAUCUGGAGAAACUGAUUCUUGAAAUGAAGAAAGAUGAAACUAAGAUUAGAGCCUUCCUGUUGUGUCGUAAAUAUCGCUCUGCCUACUUGGUUGCUGUGAAGCUGGAACAAAUGCAGGCAGUGCGCAAUGUACAGGAAGUGCUAGAGGCUGCUGAAAGAGCUGAGGAUGAACUCAUACCAAAAAUUUGUAGGGACUGGCUGAAGUCACACCAGCUUAAGACUGUACAACAAAAAACCCACCGCAAGUAAUCUGGAAGAAUCACGAGGACAAAAAGAAUUGUAAUUGCUACCUCAAAAACAUUUGCCAUGAAAUAUUAGGCUUAACAAAAAAAAGACAAGAAUGAAGUCUCAAAGAUUCUUUGUACAAUUAUGGAUAUUGUAGUAUCAUUUUGUUAUGUAACCUGAAGAAAUCUUUACAUUUUAAACUUCAAGUAGAAAAAUGAAUUGGUAAGCUCUUUUGUACUCCUCCCCAUCUGCAGCAUUCUGAUUUUGGAUUUAUUUCAAGAUAACUGGCUGUGUAAGCCAUAAAGCUCGUUAGACGGGAGUUGACUAUUUGGCUGAUUAGAGAAUGGUGCUGUAAUAACUGGUUUCUUGGCAGAGUUUUUUUUAAAGAGUGGAGGUUAGUAACACUGUGAGAGAGUUGAUCUCAUUCACAUGAAGCCUACAUGGGUUGCUAUUUGGGCAGGGGAGGGGGAGCGGUCAAGACAAUUCCAAUUUCAUGUCUUGUGGUUGUGGUCAGUGUUGCAUAGUCUCAACUCCAUUUGGUUUGACUUGCCUAGUUACGCUAAUUUAACCAGAUCAUUUUUACAGAAAACCUGAUGCUGCUGUACAAGUACCAAUGUGAUUUAACACUUUUCCAGAGCAGUUUCCAUUGAAACCUGAGCUUUGAAGUGGAACAAUACGUGCCACAUUGCAGAAAAUGCAAUGAUGAAGUCACUUUUUGGAGCGUGACCACCAUCCCCUCCAAGUUAUCGAGCAAAAAUUUAUAAAUGUCAGCAUCAGCAUCACAAUCAGCCAGACGUUUCCCUGAUGACGUUUCAUGAUGUCUGCUGUUGUCAGUCGGCAGCUUGAGAAUUCCAUUUGCACCUUUAGUGACUUGACUUAUCUAGAGGUGACCAAAUAAAAGCAAGGUUUCCCCCUCCUUGUAACACUAUUUUCCUCCCUCACUUAUUUCUUAAGGUAACAAAUCUUCAAUGUGUGCUGUUUCACAGUGCCUGUGAACCACUAGUAUCUCACGCUGAUGCCCCAUAUAUGACCUGACCUGCUGAAUGUCUGUUCCACUAUGGUCUCAGCAUAGCCUGACACUGUCCUCAUAUACUCUCCCAUGCAGCAAGUGAUGUGGAGUCACUAAGUAACAGAAACCCUCACCUCUUCCUGACCAUGUUCAGCCCAGUGGUCUUGUAGAAGCUAUAGAACUAUUUAAGCUCUGCCGUCCUAGUUAUGUAUGACUAAGUCAGCACAAACCUGAGUUAGUACAGUUCACACAAAAAGUACCACUUUGCUACACAUUGUCAAAUGGAUUUAGAGGUUAACUUGUUUUCAUGGUCAAACUGGACUUAUUUUUGCAAGUUUUUGGUUAUGGAGCUGUUAAUUUGAAAAUGGUUUGCCACUUUUGAGAUCCAGUUUGAAAGACAAGGAAAACUUUCUAUUUUAAGUAAGUAACUAAAUUACUUGUGUUUAGAUUCAAGUACAAAUACAUACCAUGCAUCAAAUCAAAAGGUAUAUAUUUUAAGUACUAAACACAGUUUUACUGUUUCUAACUUCCUGAUCUGUUGCACUUGGAUAAAUAAUGGCACUGCAGCAAUUUGUGUGAUAUUCAUCAUGAAGUGACAUUAUGUAAAUGCAAACAGUCGGGCUGCACACUGCAAUCACCAACCCAUUUCUGAUCACUGCGAUAGUACAGGCAGGUUCCAGGGACUUGUGAGAUAAACAUGUGUUUUGUUUAUCCCUGUCCAGAGUUGAGUGUUAGAUACUUUCAGUAUGCUUGAAAAAUGUCACCUUAGUCUCUUCUAAUUGUUCAGAUUCAAUAGUGACGGUUUGAUGCUGUACUUACAACACAAGAUAUGCUGACUUUACAUGUCAGUGGGGACAUUUUUAUAAAAUUUUCACUCAAGUUUUGAUAGUGUUAUGCUAAACUCUGAAUACCUGACGACUUUUGAUAUUCUAAAUUAAUUCCUGAUUGAAAAUGAUAGUUUGCUUGCUGAAAUAAUGUAACAUCAUGUUGCAGCCAACUUGAAUUAAUAGAAUACAUGUAUAAGAACUAAUACCUUAACUAGUCAGAAUAAAAGUCUCUUUUCUUUAUUGAUGCAAUGACUAUGUAACAUCAACACACUUUCCAUCUAAUAUUUUCUUUCACUUUGAGAGAUGCCUUAUUUUUAUAAUGCGUACAAUUUAGACUUUUAUAUUUGGGAGUUUUAAUUUCUGAGAAACAAUAUUCAGUAUUGCUUGUUUAAUCAGCAUCACAUCAGUCUUAUAAACAUUGUAAGAAACUUGUAUUGGUGGCAUGACAGUGUUGCAUUAUGCAGUUACUUGUCUAUUUUCAUUCAUUAAUAGUGUAUGAUAUUGUUUGUAAAUAUUGCAAUUCACGUAAUUAUGAGCCAGGACUGUAAAUAUGCUUAAUAUUUUUAUCAUAUAUUGUAUUUAGGAUUCUGUCUAGAUAAAGGCAAAGUUUAUUGUGUUUGGAUUGGUACAGGGCUGCGUUUACAAUAAACAUCCAAAAUAUUAACAGGCUGAAAUAUAUCGAGGAUGUGAAAGAAGUGGCACAGUGAAAUGCUGUGUAGUACAAAGAGGUUAAAUGGUAUUACAAGUGCUUUUUCUCUUGGGAAAUUGUUACUAUAAUUGCUUUAAAGCCAUUCUUUUGAGAAGACAUGUAAUGCUGCACAUGGUUUUUCCAAAUUGUUGUAAUAUGUGGAUCUUUAUUCAAUGGAAUGAUGGCAUUCCUACAAUGCAGUCUAUCAGGAAAUGCAUACCUGUCAUAAUAAGCGUAGCUUUACUACAAGCCUGCAAAUAGAACAGAACAUUGAGCAAAGCGAUCAAAUGAGAAACCCCCAAGAAAUGCAGCAGGUUUUGAAGUUGGAAGUAAAUACUAAAUGCUGUAGCUCAGCAUUCUGAUUGCCUGUGUAGCCAGUAAUUGUUUGUGUCUGUUUGUAGGGAGGACUACGCUGGGAUGCUGGACACAGUAAGCUUCCUCAUUAGCUCAAACCUUAGUAAUUAACUCUUUGAAAACUAAUUCAAUCAUUUAAAUCUAUGGGAUUUUGGCAAGUCUGACAUUAAGUACGCAUUGAAAUUGAUAGUUUUAGAAGUUUUGUUUUUAAACUGUUAUAUUACUUACAUCAAAGAAACAGUAUCCAAUUUUAAAAUUGUAAUGUCUAAGUUAUUAAAAGUUAUGGCCACUGUGUCCAGUUUCAGUCACAGAAGGCUUCUACAGAAUUACAAAAGCAUUUGGGCUGGCAUUGCUUUUAAAUUAAUUUACUGAUGAAAGCAUAAAAUUGAAGACAGUGCUCCCUUGUUUUAUGAAGGGUUUAGCUUUCAAUGCAUUGGAGGUCUGUAUUUGUAGGGUAUCUAAUUCAGUCUGUUUACUUAUGAAGAGAAAACAAAGUGUGAAAAGUACUGGUUGGGUUUUCAUUACUGAGUGAUUUUUUUUUGCACUUGCUCUCUGCUGGCUUCCCACCAGCAGCAAAUUCUAUGGCACUGACAGGUUGACACUUCUCUCCCCCCUGAGAAAAUGAGACCCUCUCCUUUUAAACUGUUUGAGAAUGAAUAUAUUGAACACUUUUGCUGCAAGCAGCCUUCAUUUCUUCAGCUGUGUGUGCAUCAAAAUGAGCAGGUAUUUAAUAAGGAGAGGUUCAAUGGGCUGUAUAGGGAAUAGGAUAUUGAAUGUUUCACUAAUGUAUCCCUCUAUAACCGUUACUAUAAUCGAAUUGCCUAUUCUUUGUCCAUACAAGGAUCUAUUAUUGAAUUCUGGAUAAUAAUGUCUAAUCACUAGUGUCUUUCUUAAGUUUUUUUAAAACUAAACAUAAAUGCUGAAAGAUCCAAGUUCCUUCAUAGCUCUUGCCCGAGCAAUCCAAAUUUAAUUCAUUUCUACGUUAAAGUUGUGGUUGACAUUACACUGAUUUAAAAAAGAUGAAUAUUUCAGAGCUUUAGCUGACUUUAUUUGACUUUUAAAGUGGAGUAGCAGAUAUGAAGAAUUAUGAUUGCAAUGUGAGAGUUCCACUAUGAAAGACUAUGCAACAAAGGUUGUUGGUUUAUUUGAUGUCAUUUUGCAAGAUCCACAUGUUCUAUUUGUUUUACGAAAGCAUUAGCUUCUAUAGUUGCAAAAUUGCACUGUAAAAAGCACUUUAAAUGCUACAGCUAUUCAACUCAGCUUUACUGGGUGAUUCAUCCUAAAUACCAAACUGAUGGCAAUGUUUCUGUAACUGGACUACUGUAAACUGAUCUUUUCAUUUUAAGACAAGCUUCAGAUAACCCUUUAAUUAUUGUGAAUGCUUAACCCCUGGAGUUAAAACAGUAUACAGCUUGUAUAUUUUAACAACUUUUGCCAAACCAUUAAACUUUGACUACUAAUAUUGCAA